ACAAGUAAGUCCAAGCACGGAGCUGGACCCAUAACCCAGCAAAACAGAUUGGGCCUUAGUAACAAGUAGGGCCCAAUUUUAUCUGUACACCUUCUUCCUGUCACUUUUUCUUUCCCACUCCCCUGGAAGUGCAGGGGUUCCUAUGGCUGCAUGUACUCUUGGAGGCUCAAGUGUAAAAGCUUCGAACUUGAACUUGGGAUUUGGGAGAAUCAAAUUCGGCACAUUGCAAGCAAUUCAUGGCCUGAGAAGUCGUGUUCAGUAUCCCAGCCUGACGUUAUCUAAGCGAUUGGGGAAUGCAUUGAUUGAGUGCAGAUGCUCGUCUGAAUCCGAACCCGUUGCAAAUUCGGAUGAUGAUUCUGAAGAGGCAAAGUGCACAACUAGCCAACUCAUUCCAAACUCAUAUGAGGUGGAAUGUCUUCUCAAUCAAAUAUGUGAUACCUCAUCCAUUGCAGAGUUUGAACUAAAGCUCGGUGGGUUUCGGCUAUAUGUAUUAAGGGACUUGACAGGAAAAAGUAAACCUGAAUCGCCACCAAUAUCUGCUCCAGUCAACACGAGUUCAACUGUCGAGGCACCUGAUCAAAAUGGAUAUGUCUCUUCACCCUCUUUAGCCAUCUCCAAGCCGAUGCCUUCUUCCAAUGGGGUUCAAUCAUUGCUUGAUAGAGCUGUGGAUGAAGGCUUGGCGAUUCUUAAGGCUCCAAGGGUUGGAUAUUUUAGGACAUCUCGAACUGUAAAGGGGAAGCGUUUACCUCCAUUGUGUCAAGAGGGGCAAACAGUGAAAGAGGGCAAAGUGGUUUGCUUCAUUGAACAAUUUGGUGGUGUGCUCCCAGUUAUGUGCGACACAUCGGGAGAGGUUAUCAAGAUAGUUCGAGAAGAUGGUGAGCCUGUGGGCUAUGGCGAUGCUCUUAUGGCAAUCCUUCCAUCUUUUCCUGGGAUAAAGAUGCUUCAAUAGAUGGUUUUGUUUUGUCAUUCUCUCUUCUGCGGGUUUAAACUUCAUCUUUUUUUGAGCAGAACUUCUUGACAUCUUUGCCCGAACUUGAAGGCGUGAUGGCUUGUAGAUCUGUAUGCAGUUUAUUUCUUGUAUUUUCUUUUCUGUGAGGUUUGUAUCACUAGAAUUUCGUGACUAGGGAUUUUCUGGUUGGGGUUUGAGAGAUUUCAUGAAAUCCUUGGACAAGAUGGUUGAAAACAAGCAUUUUCUA